AUGACAGAUGUCCAUGUUAGUCAUUACAAACUUACUAACAAUGAACACUAUAAAAAUGCUUUAGAAUUUUGCAAAUUUUAUAAGAGUGAUGUAGUCGUAAACAGCGGAGAUUUAGCUGACGAUUGGGAGAACGUUGGAACAUACCAACAAGUUGCUGGACAAAAUGAAGAAGAUUUUAAACUAUACCGAGAGAUUAAUGCAGAAUGCGCUCCAAAAUGCUCAUUAUUCCUAGAUGCAUCAGGAAAUCAUGAUCAAUUUAAUCUAUUUUCGCUAGAUAUCUCAACAAACUACUACAUUAAUUCAGCAACGAUGUUCCAAAAUCGAGAUAUCAAUUAUGAAGAAUUUGUUGCAUCAAGUUACAUACAUGAUAACAAUGCUUUCAUUGUUGUCAAUCCAUUUAACUAUCCAAGAGAAAGAGCUCUCGAUCCUUAUCUUUUUACAAAUUCUGAAGUUUUGGAUAUCAUUGAGAAGAAGAUUGUCACAAUCCAAAACGAAUUUCCAGACAAGUCAAUCAUCUUAAUCACGCAUUUCACAGUCGAACAAUUCAACAAUGUGAAGUCACAAACAGGAAAAAGAUUCAAAGAUCUGAUUACUUCAUAUAACGUCUCAGUUGUAUUAACAGGGCACACACAUCCAAGAGAUAUCAUACCACAACAUCAUGACGAAUCUCUUGAAAUUAUUUGCAGUGAAGUUGUUUCGCAUCAAAGUGUUGGAAUUGUUACAAAUGAUAAUGAAAAUAUCUUUUAUCAUAAAUAUCAUGCAUUGGAUAGGCCAUCUUUCGUUCCUGUAUAUCCAAUUCCAUCAAAUCAAUUGUCUAAGUUUGUUUCUUUCGACAAUGGACACAUUUUUAUUCGUGUUUUAGCUUUUAGUGAUGAUCAAAACUUGAAUUUACUUUGCGAUGGAUAUAAAAUGGAUUUCGUUAGAAGUCUUGGUGAAGGAAUGUCUUUAUACCAGCUUGAAAGGAAUUAUGAUAAUGGAUUUCACAAAAUCAAGUUUGAAUUAGCAAGUGAAACAAAUGAAUAUGAGUUUUUUGUAGGCGAAAAACUUCCACCAACAACAGAAACAAUUGCUGAUGAAAGACAAAUUUACAAAUAUCCUCUUUUCGUUUAUCUAUUAAUGUUUAUAAUUUUGUUCAUUAUAACAUUCCCUGCAAAGAUCGAGAAGAGUUCAGAUAAUCUUAAAGAUUACAUGGAACAAACUCUCAGUUACCAAUUCAACAAAAAAGAUGGACAUUCUGGAGGAAGACAUUUCCUCAAUGUUAUCUUUGGCUUUUUAUGCUUGAGAUACUUGCUUAUUAAUUACAAUUACACAUGCAUGAUAUAUUUGUUUGUUAUCCUAUUAGUUCCUCUAUUUUGUCCGAUUUCUUUCAUGCCAAUUGGAGGUCAUAUUGGAAUCUACACCGUUUAUGGAUAUACCAACUUUAAGAAAUCGAUUAGAUCCAUUUAUACAUAUCUUUACUUACUUCUUCAUGCUGCUUUUGUGACUCUUCCUUUAAUAUUCCUUGCAUCAAUUCUUCCAUUCACAAAGAACUUCUCUUACUGGUUUAUUAUUGAUAUUGUUUUCUAUGUUCUUUCUCUUGGAUUUUGUAUUUACUUCAGUGCAAAAAGCCUUUCAAGAGCAUUGACAUUCAAAUUCUCUAUCAUCAACUUACCAUUUAUGUUGAUUCCAAUCAUAUCAUUAGUUGUUGUCCUCGCUGUUUCCUUAAGUUAA